AUGAGUUCGACCGCAGACGUCGUGCCCGAGGAAGGUGCAGGUUUGGGGUCGUUGGACGGCAAAUGGGUGUCGUUGACGUGCGACAGCGACUGGUUCGACAUCGACAGCGGCCGCGUCCAUUGCCUGUACACGGUGGCCGGUUACAUGGCCGCAAUGGACGGGACGGCGGUGAUCGUCGUGCCGGCCGCGUUCCGUCACGCGUCCCAGAUGGUCGCUCACGCCGCGCUGCCCGACGGCGGUGGCCGCGGCGGUCGCGGACGCGUCGAGGUGACCGUCCACCGAUGGGCGAUCCGGUGCGCCCGGCCGUACAGGUUCGCGUACGUCGACGGCUGGCGCUACGAAGUGAUGGGCGUCAGCGACGAGUUCACGUUCGUCCACUGCGGCGGUGGACAGUGCGACUGCGACGCCGAUGUCCGAAUAGAACAGCCGACGGCCGUUCAACAGGCCGACGAACGUCGUACGACCGACCACACGAUGAACGCGUUCGUUUCGGCACUGAUGGACACGCGGUCCAGCGCCUGCUCACACUGUCCGGUCUGCAACGUGCCGUCCAAUCAUCGACAAGUGUUGGAGUACUUGACGACAAACAUCGAUCGGUUGUCCAACGUUUACGCGAUCAUCAACAAGGAACACACCAAGCAAACUGAAUGCUUGAACGACUGCACUUCAUUAUUGGAUUACCAAUAUAUUAAAACAAAAAUGUUGAAUCAAGAAAUGGAAAACUGUAAUCGAUUUGCGGACGAUCUGAUAUCGAGUCUGUUAAAAAAUCGCAAAGCCAUUUUCAAGACAGGCGACCAUACGAUUUACGUAAAGAUGGACGAAACUCCCGAAAAAAAAUCUACUACGGUUGAAUUUUUUAUGGACUCUAUUAUUAAUUCACAAAAACAAAGCAUUGUGAAGCUGAGAAGAAUUUACAAAGAAAUAACCAUUAUGAUGAAUACGAUGCAAUUGUUUGCAAAAGUAUUGUAAUCUUAUUUGGAUGUAAAAAAAAAAAUCUAUAAUUUAAUAUACGUUUAUACCUAAUAUAUGAUUAAAUGAUUAUUAAUAGUUAAAAUAUAAAAGUAAAUUUGAAAUCUAUAGUUCGUUGCUGCCUUGUUAUUUACUUAUAAACAAAUAUUGAAAUAUAUAACUAAACAUUAGCUCUCAUUCCUCAUGUGGUUUUAAUAAACCUUGCUAAAGUUAAUUUUUACACAACUUAUUGUUAAAAAAAAUGUUAGUAUUUAUUUUCAUUAUAUUUGUCAUUAAUUAAAGGAACGAAUUUGAAUGCUCUAAAAACCAAGAAAAAUACCUUAAAAAAAGAGUGGUCAAAUGAAUAACGCUCUGCUGUAUAUUAGGUCACUAUAAUGGAUGUAUUAAAUAUUUAAACGUGAAUUAAAUGAUAGGUAUCAAUGUAUCAUUGUAUACGAAAUUCAAUUCUGCAGAACGAAUAUGAUUUGUCAGCUAGGAUAUAUUUUCUAUUUUUCCAGGGGAUGGUGAAAAAAGUGGUUUAUGUUUUAACGGCCUGAAUACACCGAAAUUUUAGUUUUUUUAUAAUUAUUGUUAG